AUGAACGCAAAUCUUAGAUGCAACAAUCUUCAUUGUUUGGAAUUGAGAGAAAUAUCGGAAAGAGUUCUUCGAAAUGAAAUUUCAGUACUUGAAGUGAUCGAUUACUUUAUUCAGAGGAUUGAACGGAUGGACACUACAGUCCACGCUGUUUGUGUGAAAUUGUUUGAUCAAGCAAGAGAACAAGCUUCCGAAAUGGAUAACUUUAUUUCACGAGAGCGACAAUUUGCUCAACAACAGAAACAACAUGAAUGGAAUGAAUCUGCAUGGAUUGAAAAAAUGUUGUCAGCAAAACCAUUGCUUGGCAUUCCAUUUACAGUCAAAGAAAGUAUUCAUGUCAAGUCAACUCCAACCACAAGUGGGCUCACCACGCUCAAACAUGUGUUAUCAGAUCAUGACUCCAUCCUUGUGACUCGAUUUAAGGAAUCAGGCGCUAUUUUAAUUGGAAAGACCAAUGUUCCUCAAAUGUUGUGUGGAGACUUUAGUGAAAACCCUGUCUAUGGACGAACAUGCAAUCCUUUCAAUCGAGAGAGAUCCAGUGGUGGAAGCUCAAGCGGUGAGGGAGCUGUGAUUGCGUAUGGAGGAUCGAUUUUAGGUAUUGGAAGUGAUAUUGGUGGUAGUAUCAGACUUCCAUCGGCUCAUUGUGGAGUGUAUGGUCUCAAGCCAACUUCAGGACGUCUCACCAUGCAUGGACAUUUCGUUCUCUAUGAAGGAAUGGAAUCGGUGCAAUGUCAAAUGGGACCCAUGGCAAGAAGAGUCUCAUCCUUAAUUACAUCCAUGAAAGUACUGACACAAUAUCCGUAUGAUGACUAUUCGAGUGGUUUUUCACAUGAGGCACUCCGGAUACCUCCGGUGGAGUUGAGAGAUCCAAAUCUUGUGGACAUUUCCAAGUUACGAAUUGCUGUGUUUUAUGACAAUGAAAUUCUUUCCAUUUCGAAAUCGUGUGAAAGAGCAUUGAAUGAAACUGUCCAUGCUUUGAAAGAGAUGGGUGCUCACGUUGAAACUAUAUCACUCCAACAUUUAGAUUUGUACUGGGAAUGGAGAAACUAUGUGAAACUUUUGAUGGGGGAUGGCAUGGUCGAAUUUAGAUCCAAAGCUCAAGGAAGUCAACUCGUGGAUGAAGUCAAAGUUCCCUAUUAUUUGUCUCUCUUUCCAAAUUUUGUGUUAAAUUUCUUUGCCACUCUCACUCGAUGGAUGGGUCAAACCAUUAUGGGUCAUAGUUUCACAACUUUCACAGAAAUUAGUGUUCCACAGCAACGACAAGCCGUAUCACGAAGAGAUGCAUUCAACAUCAAGUUCAUGAAAAUACUGGAUGAAGGGAAAUUCGAUGCUGUGUUGUGUCCUGCAACCUCCAUACCAGCACAUCGUCAUGCAGAUUCUUCGUUCGUCAUUCCUUCCAUGGCAUAUGCUCACUUGUUCAAUUAUCUUGGAUUGCCUGCUGGUGUUUGUCCAAUUACUCGUGUUCGAGAAGGGGAAAAUGAUUCUGUCGAGUUUUCAAGCGUUGCCACACAAAAUUCAAAAGAUAUGACCUUUCAAUAUUGUAAAAAGACAUUGCAAAACAGCGCUGGUUUACCCAUUGGCGUACAAGUGGCAGCGCGGUAUUGGAGAGAAGACAUUGUGUUGGGAAUUAUGAAGCAUAUUGAACAGUAUUUUGAAAACAAUGAGGAUUAUCCAUUGAAUCAUGAUCACACCACAACUCAAUGA